GGGACUGGCUCCUAGACAACCACCACACAAGUCCUUUGACUGCACAGCAGGACAGAAGGCAUGAUGGCACUCAGCACUCGGACCCAGGCUGCCUGUCUCCUGCUUCUCCUCCUUGCCAGCCUGAGCAGCACCACCUAUCUCCAGCAACAGAUGAGACAGACUACAGAGCUGCAGCCUUUGCACAGGGAAGAAAGCAGGGCAGACAGUGCGAUCCCAAUGCAGAAGAGAAGGAAGCGAGACACCUACUUCCCCAUCUGCAUCUUCUGCUGUCAAUGCUGUAGCAAUCCCCACUGUGGUAUCUGUUGCAAAACAUAGGCUAGAGCCACAUCCUGACCUCUCAACAUCCCUGCAGCUCCUCAGCCCCAUUAUUUAUUCCUGCCCUCCCCAGCAAUGACCUUGAAAUAAAGACGAUUUUAUUUUCAAA